AUGCCUAACCAAAAUAAGCCAACCCAUAUGAAUUUCUCUAUGAAGAUCGUGAAAAACUUGCAGAAUCAUUUCAACACAUCUCAUUAUGGACUAGGAUACACGAAGUUCAGAGAGAUCCACAAUGACAUGGGUCUCCUGCAUACCUGCCAGCAGAGCCACACCAUUGAAUCUAUCCGUGAAGCCAUGAUCGAGCUUCACAAGGCAUACCCGAAUGCCAGAGCACAGGAAAUGGUUAUUUUGCUCUUUCAUGAAAAGGAAAUGAGCAUCUCAAGAAACUUGGUCAUAUCAUAUUGUGCUGCCUAUGAAGCAGAUCUCAUACAUCAACGAAAAGCUCGUCGUCUCAAGCGGAGGCGGUUCUGGGCUGCUGGGGUCAAUGACCUAUUUGCGUUGUCUUGCCUGGGUACAACAGAUAUACCAAUGGUGACUCAGAGUGAUUCUGACACUGAAAACCAUGGAAUCGCCAAUGCACACACCAUGCUUCAUCAAAUGUACGAUCUGGCAUUACAAGGUACCUUACAAUACUACUGGAUGCGGACCAAGAAGAAUGUUAAACCAGAGAUUGCUUGGUCUCAGUUACGGUGUUGGUUUACUCCUGGUUUCGAAACACUUCUAGAUAUAACUGACCAGCUUGUCAUCCUAGGCCGUCCUUCAAUCACCCGCCAGUCUGUGUGGACAAUAUACUUGGAUUUACUUCAUUCUAUUCAGCGCUUUGAGCAGCUGCCAGCCGCUAUUAGUUCUCUUACAGACACCACUGACUUGGAUGAAGGAGCUUUGCCUCUCCUCAAUAAUCAAAGGGACCUAUUUUUUCAUGAGGAUAUUGAUGGCACUUACUAUAUGGGUGGCGUCCAUGGGGGGCAAGGUCUUGAUAUGUCUGAUCAUCGCCGGCUGGAUGAACUUGCCAAGCUGGAUGAACCAGGCGCACACUUACUGCCCACAGCUCCAAUCAUAGAAGAGGAGGGCUUAGUAAUUGCAGAAUUCUCUGAUGAGGAGGACAAUGAAGAUACAUAUGAUUGGUGA